AUGCAGUUCUCAGUCUACACAGUGGCACUGCAGCUUGCCUGUGCUUGUGCUAUAGUAUUCCUGAAUCGUUCUUGGAUUUCUCCGGGCUUAAGUCUGCAUCAUCACAAUGUAUCAACACCGACAGUCACAGAGACAUCUUUCGUCAAACUCGAUAGCCCUCAGAUCCCUAGCAUGGUGAUGACCAAAGCUAGAUUUCUCAAGGGCUUAGAGGGCCUCUAUCCUGAUGGCUUUGCUGAUGUUGCUGCUCAUGCUCAUACACAUAUUGGCAAGCCAUUAGUAGAUUGGGUUGCCGGUGACCCUACUAUUGUGAUAUUUCAUCGAGGUUUUACACUCGCUGGCCCCGAUGGUCUUCUCGUCGAACAAUCGAGAACUGGAAUCGAGUCUGUUUUCCAACUUGGCGGUCGCAAUAUCGAAAUCGACACGACACCUCUUCGGGGCGCUCGAACUGUCAGCCUAGCACGGAUGGAUAUUCUGAGAGCGGCUCGCAACGUGGGAGUCUUCCACGAUUUUUAUCUGCAUAGGCAAUUCGGUCAACCAGGAGCUUCCGAAGAUUUGAACUGGGAAGCUGCCUCAGAUUUGCGCAUCAGUUAUCAGAUCUUUUCAGAGGAAGGCGAGCCUACAGAUCAACGCAUCUAUACCAAGGAGGCACCAAUUAAUCUGGAAGAUUACUGGGACGAAAUCCACUUUUGUUACCCAAGAUCCAAUACUAUACACGAUCUGAGAGAGCAAUCACCACUUGAGAUCAUUACGCAGAUAAUUGCAAUCAUUUCUGCUAAGGUCUAUCCAGACGCUGAAGGAUACAUCACCGAGGGUAAUUUAUUUCACAUUUAUGCUUUUGGUUUUCCUGCAGGCGGACGGGACCUAGCUAAGCUUUUACGUGGUAUACUGGGAGAUAUGGGCCUUGAGUAUGACUUAAAAAAAAUUCAAGUCAUCCCAAUUAUAUCAGCGUCUAUGAUGCACCUUGUCAUGCGACGUGAAACGCACGGAGAGGAAGUAUUCCAAAAAUACCAGGGAUGCGUUGACUUCCUUGAGAGCUUUUUAGAGGACUUUACCGUUCCUGCUUUCAAUAUUGGGGCGCGAAUGCUCGACAUAUACGUCAAUGCCACAACGCUCGAACUGAAGAUGGUUAGCGUCCAGAGAGAUUUCAAAGGUCAGAUAACGGAUCAGGUUAGAACUGUUUUCAUCGACGACCACCUACUGCACCAGAUCAAAGAAGAUAUGUACACCAAGCACAACAAACCAAUAAUGACAACGAACAAGGCAGCAGUGACGAGUUGGGGUGGGCAGGUAUAUCAGCACUGGUAUAGGAGUAAGGACCUGGUAUUGAUGAAUCCUGACACACGCAUUGAGGAUUUUGCGUUUCAGCAGCAAUCUCUUGUGACCACAAGUAUAAACAGUGGGUUCCACAUCAUUUUGACGGAUUUUCCUCAAGAGGCGCUGGCUGUGCUAGCAUUUCAGAAAGAAAACAAAAUUAUACCGGAGCAAUUGAUGCAAAAAUUCACUCGGCCGCUGCUGAGUCAAGAAGAGCUUCGUGUGGUAGUCAGGAAUUCCGGGAAAUUUGCUUUGAUGCAAAGCAGAAUACCAUAA